AUGUUGCAGAAUCCCGUCACCUCCACGCCCUUCUUGGUCAACGACAUCCUGAGACAAGAGCGCGAACAGAUUGGCCUCGAGGCCUUGCAAUUUCAGGCGGCAGGGAGGAGCCGGGAAAGCUCUCGGUAUCUGCUACUGGUCCCAGAACCGCGAAAGUCGGAGGUUUACAACACCGGUAGCUGUGGCGGCGCCGAGAGAAGGGAGAACGGGUCGGAACCUCCUGGGGAUUCCAGCGAGCUGGUCACAGAGAUGGACACGGAACCGGUGGAGCCCUGCCUCCGCGCAGCCUCGCCUUUCCGCGGCGAGACCCGCGGGCCAGAGCGCUGCGCGGGCAGCAGCGGCGACGGGACGCUCAUCGAACGCGCGGAGGAGCCGAAGGCGCGGCAGCGGCGGCGGCCGCGCGUGCUCUUCUCGCAGGCGCAGGUCCUGGCGCUGGAGCGGCGCUUCAAGCAGCAGCGGUACCUGUCGGCGCCGGAGCGCGAGCACCUGGCCAGCGCGCUGCAGCUCACCUCUACGCAGGUCAAGAUCUGGUUCCAGAACCGGCGCUACAAGUGCAAGAGACAGCGCCAGGACAAGUCCUUAGAGCUGGCAGGCCACCCCCUGGCGCCGCGCCGGGUGGCGGUGCCCGUGCUGGUGCGGGACGGCAAGCCCUGCCUGGGCCCGGGCGCGCCGGCCUUCCCGGGUCCCUACGGCGCCGCCGCCGCUCCCUAUUCCUGCUACGGCAGCUACGCGGGCGCUCCCUACGUAGCGGGAUACAGCGGAGGCUACGCGGGCGCGCCCCCGGGUCCCGCACCUCCCGCGCCCCUGGCCAGCCUGGGCCUUGGUGGGGGUGGCCCGAGCCUCAGCGCGCAGGGCCAUCUGCCCGCCACGCUGCAGGGUGUCCCUGCCUGGUGA